AACAGGUUGCAUGACACACUCGGGUGGAGUUUUUUAUGUACAACACGCACCACACCUACUGACACUCACUUUGCGCAAAGACGCACAGGACUCUAUAUAACCGCACGGACUACACCGCGCUCACCCACAGCUCGAGCUUCUCCUCUCCUGCCUCUACACCUCUCUGUACCCAGCUCCACACACUCCGAUUGUCGGUCAUGUUUCGCUGUGGGAUCGCCUACCCCCGAUGCAGGUGGAUCGUGCCCCUGCUGCUGCUCUUCGCCAUUAUUUUUGAUAUUGUCGCCAUCGCUGCCACCUCCGGAUGGGUCGAGGAUGAGGACGCGAAGUCCCACUACGCCAGUAUGUGGGAGCAGUGCCGAGGCAGGAACGACAAAUGGGACUGCAAGUCGCUCAUGACAUUCUCUUGGGCUCAGGCAGUGGCUGCUCUCAUGAUCAUCGGCCUCCUCAUCCUCAUCGUCGCCUUCAUCAUCUCCUGCGUGGCUCUGUGCUGCACGCUCAACAUCACUCUGCUGCCCGUUAUAGGAGUCAUGCUGAUCGUUGUUGUGGUUCUCCAGAUCAUUGCUCUCAUCAUCUACCCUGUUAGAUUCAAUGAUGAGAUAUUCGAGGGCAACUAUUACUACACCUGGGCCUACGGCUUCGGCUGGGGCGCCACCAUCCUCUGCAUCGGCUGCGCUGUCCUCUUCUGCUGCCUGCCACGCUACGAGGACGAGCUGACCGGCCUGGCGAAGACCAAAUACAUCUAUUCCAGCGCUUAAAGACAAAACCUACACCCAAUUACAGACAUUUCCACUCUCCACUCUGAGACGGAUCUGCGCUGGAUAGUGAACAUUUGUACCAUUUCACCAAAGAUCCACAAUGGCUCAGUUCAGCUAGAUUUGGUUCAGCAGUGGAAAAAAACCCCUCUCUUCUACCAUUCAAGAGCAAAUUCAGAUGCAAAGGGGUGAUUCUUCCUGGAAGUGGACUGUGAUUGGAUGUCGCACCUGCUUUAAUGUACAGACCUCUAUUUUCGACAUCAUAAAAAAUAGUUUUUACCAUGGUGUUUUUUCACAUCCUGCAAUUGAGUGAGACAUAUUCCUCAUUUUAUCUGUACUUUGUACCAGUAAUUCUCAAUGCAAGACCACCCAAGUGCACUUAACCUAAGGGAUGUCAUUAUGUGUAAAGCAUAGCUUUUGCCUGAUUUAUUUUAGAUCUUUUAAAACCUUGGUUGAAGAGUAAUUCACACUACAAUUUGCACGGGAUGCAAAAAGGAAUCAUUAAUCAUAAUUUGUCUCCUGUGUUAAAAUAUGCUGUUUCCUCAGUUCAUGGUGUGUCUUUUAUUGUGUAUGCGGUUGUGUUUAAGGUGAGAAGGAAGCAAAGGCUCGGAGUCAGAAGCUGAAUGUAAUCUAUGGAAAUUUAGUUGUGUUUGCACCUUUUUUAUGCAUUUUUUGAUAAUUCCUAUUUUUCUGUUUGUCUCUAGUUUUGUAUUCUUAUUAACAUAUUACCAAAAGGGAUAAAACUGUGGGAGUUUGCUGUGAUGUCUUCGUAUCUGUUCUAAACUCUACUAAUAAUACACUUGAUGAGUAAACACAGUGUGUGAUGGGUGAUUGACUUGGCGGCAGUUGUUCCUUCUCUGUCACUCUUAACUGGAAGCGUAUUUUCAUUCAUUUUUAUCAAGCUUUAUGAUUAAUCUGUUUCAUGCUAAUUUUGAAAUCGGGUUAAAGUUUUGGCUUAAAGGGACAGUUUACCCUAAAAUAAAAAAAACACAUUUUACUUCUUACCUUGAGUGCUAUUUAUCAGUCUAGAUUUUUCUGGUGUGAGUUGCAGAGUUUUGGAGAUAUUGUCCGUAGAGAUGUUUGCCUUCUCUAAAAUGUAAUGGAACUAGAUGGCACUUUGCUUGUGUACUUAAAGAGCCAAAAAAAUGCAUUGGAAGAGUCUCCUUUCAGAAAUUAUGACCUGGUUACUCAAGAUAAUCCACACACUUUGUUGUGCGCAGUUUCAUGUCGGAACUAUGUUUUUCCUAUUGCAUUUCCUACAUGAAACUGCUCACAACAAAGUCUAUGGCUUAUCUUGAGUAGCCAGGUCAUGAUUUCUGGAAAGAGGCUUUUCAAAUGCAUUUUCUUUGGCCCUUUGAGCACCAAAAGCCGAGCCGAGUGCCACCUAGUUCCAUUAUAUUCGAGAGAUUGUAGCAGACAUCUCUAUGGCCGAUAUCUCCAAUACUCAGCUCAUACAAAAAAAAAGAUUGAUAAAAAGCAUUUCAGGUAAGAUGUUCAACGUGUUUAUGAAUUUUGGGCACGCUGUCGCUUUUAAAGGGAACAAUAUAAGUUCAGAAUCUCAAGUUUUUAUUUUCUUGUUGCCUCAAAGUAAAAUACUCUAGAGAGAGAAGAAAGAUUAAGAGUUUUUAGUCACAGAAAGAUGACCAAAUGUGUUUUCUAAAACCCUUCAUAAGUCUUUAUAAUGCUCUUUUGACUAACCAUCUGCUGGUUCGAUGAUACACUGAGACCAAGGUGUACAAUGUUCAGACAUACUGUGUGUAAAACGUGUGCCUUAGCUCGUUUACAUGUUGUUUUGUUAAAUGUCCCAUCAAACUGGUCAGUCUGGUUUUACUGACUCAUGCUUGAUCCCAGUCAUCAAUUCUGUUCAUGCCAAGACCAACUUCAUGCCCAAACAAGCCAACCAAGGUAUAUUGUUUGCAGUUUUGCAUGAAAGAGAACUGUGUCGAUAAUAAAUUAUAACAAUUUGACAGUUGGACUGAUCUUAGAUUUGUUAGAAAAGUUCCUGAUAAUGCUUUUAUCAUCUGCCUUGGAGUCUUUCAAGUUGUUAUACAACAAAUGGCUGCAUGAAUAACUUUUAGUAGAAGUUUUAACUGAGGGUUGGAACAGAUUCAGGCAGGUUAACACUUGAAGAAACUGCCAGCAUGUCUCGAAGGUGAGGGGAAAUAACAGCUUUUACUUACGGGCAUGAAUUUCUCUUUGCGCUAGCUUUUUCCGACAUUAUCCGUCACUGUUUGUUUUUAUAAUAUACUAUAGAGAAUGUCUUGUUAGCUUUCAUCCUCCUCUGGAAAUCACCCAGCUGUUCUUCUGCUGUAGUCAGAAUUUAUUAUUUUUGGUAGUCUAUGUAUUUUUAUGCAAUAAAAGUUUCUUUUUUUGAA